AUGAGGAGGAGGAUGAAGAGGAGGAAGAGGAGGAAGAAGGAGGAGGAUGAGGAGGGGGAAGAGGAAGAAGAGGAGGAAGAGGAUGAGGAGGAGGAAGAAGAGGAGGAAGAGGAUGAGGAGGAAGAGGAUGAGGAGGAAGAGGAGGAAGAAGAUGAGGAAGAGGAUGAGGAGGAGUUUACAGAGACAGAGGAGGGUACAGAAGACGGUACGGAGGAGGUAACUGGGACAGAGGAGGUUACAGGGACGGAGGAGGUAACUGGGACAGAGGAGGUUACAGGGACGGAGGAGGUAACUGGGACAGAGGAGGUUACAGGGACAGAAGAAGAAACGACGAAGGAUUAUGAGGAGGAAGAGGAGGAGGAGGAGGAGGAGGAGGAAGAGGAGGAAGAGGAAGAGGAGGAAGAGGAGGAGGAGGAGGAGGAGGAAGAGGAGGAGGAGGAGGGAACAGAGGUCACUGAAGUGACAGAGGAUUAUGAGGAGGAAGGCGAGGGAGAGGAGGAAGAGGAGGAGGGGACUGAGGCAACGGAAAUGACUGAGGAAUAUGAGGAGGAGGAAGAGGAAGAAGAGGGGACGGAAGUGACAGGAGCAAGUGAGGAUUAUGAGGAGGAGGAAGAGGAGGAAGAGGAGGAAGAGACAGUGGAGGGAACAGAGGAGGAAAUAACCCAAGAGACAGAAGAGGAGGAUGAGGAGGAGGAGGAGGAGGAGGAGGAGGAGGAGGAGGAGGAGGAGGAGGAGGAGGAGGAGGAGGAGGAGGAGGAGGAGGAGGAGGAGAAGGAGGAGGAGGAGGAGGAGGAGGAGGAGGAGGAGGAGGAAGAGGAGGAGGAAGAGGAGGAAGGGUAUGGGACUGAAGAAGCAACAGAGGAAGGAACGGAGGGUGACAGAAGAGGAGAAGUGACUGAAGGAACAGGGGAGGGGGAGGAAGAGGAGGAGGAAGAAGAGGAGGAGGAGGAGGAGGAGGAGGAGGAGGAGGAGGAGGAGGAGGAGGAGGAGGAGGAGGAGGAGGAGGAGGAGGAGGAGGAGGAGGAGGAGGAGGAGGAGGAGGAGGAGGAGGAGGAAGAAGAAGAGGAGGAAGAGACAGAAGAGGAUCAAGGGGCGUCAUACUAUGGUGGGGAGGAGGAAGGGGGCGGCGAGGGGGAAGUGACGGUUCACACUAUAGGCGAGGAGCAAACGAUUGAUGAUGACGUUACUUCCAUGACUGAGUCCCAGCUUGCUUUAUAUGAUGAAGUGGGUCAGAUGGUAACGGAGACAGAAGGGGAGACGGAGGAGAGUGAGGGGAGUUACGAUGGCGUUCCUGGUGCUGGUGAGGGUGGGGAGGGGUGGGUAGGAGAGGGAGAGGAAGAGACGGAGGAGGAGACGGAAAGAGAAGAGGAAGAGGAGGAAACAGAGGAGGGGACAGAAGGGGAAGGGGAGGAAGAGGAGGAAGAGGAAAGAGAAACAGAGGAGGGUACAGAGGGGGAAGGGGAGGAAGGGGAGGAAGAGGAGGAGGAGGGAGGAAGAGGAAGAAACAGAGGAGGGAACGGAGGGGGAAGGGGAGAAGAGGAGGAAGAGAGAAGAAAGGAAGAAACAGAGGAGGGAACAGAAGGGGAAGGGGAGGAAGAGGACGAUGAGGAGGAGGAAGUGACGGAAGAGGAGGAAGAGGAGGAAGAGGAGGAGGAGGAGGAGGAGGAGGAGGAGGAGGAGGAGGAGGAGGAGGAGGAGGAGGAGGAGGAGGAGGAGGAGGAGGAGGAGGAGGAGGAGGAAGAGGAGGAGGAGGAGGAGGAGGAGGAGGAGGAGGAGGAGGAGGAGGCGGAGGAGGAGGAGGAGGAGGAGGAGGAGGAGGAGGAGGAGGAGGAGGAGGAGGAAGAGGAGGAGGAAGAGGAGGAGGAAGAGAAGGAAGGAAGAGAGGAAGAGGAGGAGGAUGGAUCGAUAAGUGUGCAGCGGAUAAUGGAGUGGCAGCAAGCUGCAGCGCGGACUAGUGGGGGUGGUUCGAGUGGGGAUGGGAAAGCAGCUGGGUCAUCCACUCCCCAUACUCCCCGCAGUUCAGGGAAUUCCCAAGGCAACUCGCCAGGUUUGGAAGGGCUGGUUCGGGGUAGCAGUGGGAGGCUGAGUAGGAGCGGCAGCAGCGCGAGCGGGUACACUGAAGGGGAUAACGAGGAGGAUAAUGAUGAGGAUAAUGGUGGGGAUGGGGCGAGUGUUGCUAGUGGGGCCAAGGCUCGGGAGGAGCAAGAAGGGGGUAGAGGCAUUGGGGAGGGAGGGAUGCAAGGAGAGAGCUGGAGAAGUCAUGGGACAGAAAUGACUGGUGAGACUGGUGAGGGGGAAGGGGAGGAGAGUGAGGAGGGGAGUGAGGAGGAGGAGGGAACAGAGGAAGUGACAGAAGAAGUGACAGAGGAGGGGAGUGAAGAGGGGAGCGAGGAGGGAAGUGAGGAGGGAACAGAGGAAUUGACAGAAGAAGUGACAGAGGAAGGGAGUGAGGAGGUGACUGGGGAGACAGAAGAGACUGAGGGAGAGACGGAGGGAGAGACGGAGGGAGAGACGGAGGGAGAGACGGAGGGAGAAACCGAAGGAGAAACCGACGGAGAGACAGAAGAGGAAACUGAGGGAACGGAAGGCACAGGGGAAACAGAGGAAACGGGAAUGACUGGCGAGACAGAAGAAACUGGGGAAGAGGAGGAAGAGGAAGAGGAGGAAGAGGAGGAUGAGGAAGAAGAGGGGGAAGAGGAGGAAGAAGAGGACGAAGAGGAGGAAGAGGUGGAAGAUGAAGAGGAGGAGGAUGAGGAGGAAGAGGAGGAUGAAGAAGAGGAAGAGGAGGAAGAGGAGGAAGAGGAAGAAGAGGAAGAAGAGGAGGAUGACAACAUAGAUCAUGGCAACUAUGGGAGUGAGGGGUACGGCAGCAGUGCGUAUGGGGGGAGUGGUAACCACGGCGCGAUGUUACAUGGCGCUGGGGGAAGUGGGCUGGGCGGCAGACUAGGAAGUGGGGGUGGUUUGGGAAGCAGACUAGGGAGUGGAGGAUUGAGUGGGGGGUUAGGGAGUGGGAACAUGGGUAGUGGGAAUAUGGGUAGUGGGAACAUGGGUAGUGGGAACAUGGGUAGUGGGAACAUGGGUAGUGGGAACAUGGGUAGUGGGAAUAUGGGUAGUCAGGUGAGUGGUAGUGGGAGUUACGCGGGGAAACUUACUCCUGUGAGAUCGCCCAGUGAUAGUGGGCAGAGUGAGGGGCACAGGGAGGGAGAGAGUGCAGGAGAGGGAGCAGGAGGAGGAGGGGAAGGGGGAGGAGGAGGGGAAGAAAGAGAGAGUGGAGGGAUGGGAGGAGGUGGAGGGCCAAUUUGGGAGACAGACAAGGAGAUGAGUCAAGCAGCAGUGAGCAUGGAGAGACGGGAGGAGGAACCAAGUACAGCAGCAGCAGAGGCCCAAGCACCACCGCCAGCAGCACAAGAACCAACGAUUGCAGCUGACGCAUCUGCAUCACCUCCCAACCUACCACAGCUGAAGCACGUAGCAAUUCAGCAACAUGGGAAAUACCCACCACCACCACCACCACCACCACCACCACCACCACCACCACCACCACCACCACCACCACCACCACCACCACCACCACCACCACCACCACCAGCAUCACCACCACCACUACCGCCGGCAGCCGCACCAGCACCAUCGUGUGCAGUAGUGGUUGAAGAAGCCUUCAGCCACCUCAGCAGCAUCAUUUCACCACUUUUGUGUUCUCUCACCACCACAGUGCAUUCUCUCACCACCACAGUGCAUUCUCUCACCACCACAGUGCAUUCUCUCACCACCACACUGCAUUCUCUCACCACCACACUGCAUUCUCUCACCACCACAGUGCAUUCUCUCACCACCACACUGCAUUCUCUCACCACCACAGUGCAUUCUCUCACCACCACAGUGCAUUCUCUCACCACCACAGUGCAUUCUCUCACCACCACAGUGCAUUCUCUCACCACCACAGUGCAUUCUCUCACCACCACACUGCAUUCUCUCACCACCACAGUGCAUUCUCUCACCACCACACUGCAUUCUCUCACCACCACAGUGCAUUCUCUCACCACCACAGUGCAUUCUCUCACCACCACAGUGCAUUCUCUCACCACCACAGUGCAUUCUCUCACCACCACAGUGCAUUCUCUCACCACCACAGUGCAUUCUCUCACCACCACACUGCAUUCUCUCACCACCACAGUGCAUUCUCUCACCACCACAGUGCAUUCUCUCACCACCACACUGCAUUCUCUCACCACCACAGUGCAUUCUCUCACCACCACAGUGCAUUCUCUCACCACCACAGUGCAUUCUCUCACCACCACAGUGCAUUCUCUCACCACCACACUGCAUUCUCUCACCACCACACUGCAUUCUCUCACCACCACACUGCAUUCUCUCACCACCACAGUGCAUUCUCUCACCACCACAGUGCAUUCUCUCACCACCACAGUGCAUUCUCUCACCACCACAGUGCAUUCUCUCACCACCACAGUGCAUUCUCUCACCACCACACUGCAUUCUCUCACCACCACACUGCAUUCUCUCACCACCACAGUGCAUUCUCUCACCACCACAGUGCAUUCUCUCACCACCACACUGCAUUCUCUCACCACCACAGUGCAUUCUCUCACCACCACAGUGCAUUCUCUCACCACUUCUGCAAUUCAGCGUUGGGGGCGCAGCUGUGGUUGA